ACUUCCGCUGUCCAACAGGCUGCUGUUGCUGACUUCACACAGCUGCCAGCUAAUGUGUUACUGUAGUGUGGUAGUUAUUUUACACUGCGGGUAAUAUUUUAAAUAUUAUUUGGAGUUUAUUUGUUUAUGGUGUAAGUUAAUUGUGGUAGUGCUCUGUUGUAGCCUGUAGAUCACAUCACACCACAGGAAUUAACAGAGAAAGUGGAUCAAUGGCGCCUAAAGGUAAGGUUGGAACCAAAGGAAAAAAGCAAAUCCAUGAGGAAAAUGAAGCCACUCUGAAGUUCUACACAAGAGUCAUAUUGGGAGCCAACACAAUUUAUGCAGCAGUAAAUCUUCUUUUCUAUGAUACUUCAUUUGGGACAUGGUUCCUCUUUCUGUUUGCGCUGGUCGUCUACAUCGGCAGCUACAGGUCCAUGGCUGCCAUGGCUAAACCAGCAUUCGAUAGUGAUGGAAGCUUACUAGAUGGAGGAAUAGACCUCAACAUGGAGCAGGGCAUGGCGGAGCACCUUAAGGAUGCUAUCUUGCUAACAGCUAUAGUUCAAGUCCUCAGUACCCUCUCGUCCUACUUCUGGUAUCUCUGGCUUUUGGCUCCUGCACGGGCUUUGCAGUUACUGUGGGUGAACUUCCUCGGUCCCUGGUUUUCUGCGGAGUCGUCAGUUCCCCAGGAGGAGGUCAAUGAGAAGAAGCAGAGACGACAAGAAAGACGGCAGAUGAAGCGAUUCUAGUUUUUUUAUUUUUAGAUCUUAUGUGUAGAAAUAAACAGAGACUUUCAAGAUUA